AUGGAAACAAAUGAAUCAAAUGGACCAAGUGCUGAUAUUCGAAGAUUCAGUUCAGAAAUACCCCUACGAGAGAUCAUUUCGGCAGCCUACGGCCCACGCAGCCAAACUCGCUUUCAAAAGCUUAGAGCAUUUUGUAAUUCCCCCCUACGUGAGCAUACAAAAAAAUCUUGUUCGCUCACAUAAGGGGAUAAAUUUUUGUUUUUUAAAUUUAUAUAUAAAUUUUUAAAAAAAUCCUACUUCUCGAAAAUUGGAAGGUAAAUAUUAAUUUUAAUUUAUAAAAUUUAUGUUUUUUUAAAGCGCAAUUUGUUUAAAAUUAAACAGAAUUAGCUAUAGAUUUCAUUAUACUAAUUAUCAUUUAUAUAUCAAUUUUUUUCAUUAAAAAUUUUUGUUCGCUCACGGAGGGUUUUUGGGCAAAAAAUAGGGAUUUUACUAAUGAUUUUGUUCGCUCACGGAGGGGGGAGUAAGCAAAUUCUAACUCACUGAGGGUAUGCAUUUUGUAUGAUCCUUCUUACACUUUUCGUUCUUUUCUGUGAUGACAUACGCUUAAUAAUAUAAUUUUUAAAUAAAUUAUUUAUAAAAUAAAAAAAAUUUUUUAUUUGUUUUUUAAAAAUCAGCUUAAUUGCAACAUCUAAAAGCACUGACGAUAUUUUUUUCAGCUUUGUGACAAUUUGUAUGGUCUUUUUUACCUUUGAUAUAAUUAUCUCAUCAAUUAUAAUUGAUAGGUAUUUUCUCAGUUUUUUCUUUUGGCUUGAUAUUGUCUUAACGGCUUCACUUAUAAUGGAUAUUGGCUGAAUAUGAGACCAAAUAACUGGGGAUAAUAAAAUUACUACAGGAGAAGGCACCCAAGCAUCAAAAGUUCAAACCGCAAGCCAAGCAUCUCGUACAGGGACUCGAGCAGCCAGAAUUAUCAGGGCUUUAAAAACAGUUAGAUUAAUAAGAAUUGCAAAAUUAUAUAAAAUUGCUCAGUCGCAGACUGAAAAAAAGCAAAGCAGCCAACAAAAAUUAGAAAGGUCGCCUGUGCUUUAUAGAGGAACGGAUAAUCCUAUUAAUGUCAAUUAUAACCAAGUCCAAGAAAUUCCCCUUGGAGAUAUACAGGUUGCCCGAUGAUGGCGCUCAAUGAGCCAUCAUCGGGCAGCACCAGAAAAGGGCUCCACACUGGAAAUGGGUUUAAGUAUGGAGUCCUUUUUGGUGCGUGGGAGUGAGGAUUCUCACGUGUCAAAAAAAGGCUCCACGUGGAAUCCAUUUCCCGUAUGGAGCCCUUUUCUGGUUUUGCCCAAUGAUGGCACAUUGAGCUCCAUCAUCGGGGCAUUUACAAUAUCAAUAGCGGAUCAAGCCUAAGUGCUGGGGAAGAUUCAUAUAGCCAAAUCAGCAACGAAAAUCGGCUUGAUAGGGGAAUUUGUGCAUUUAGGGGGCCAAAUGUGCCUGUAAUUAACGACGUUUUGGCUUCUUCAGCUGGAGAAGUAAAUUUAGAAAUCAGCUCGUCAAGGCCAAACUCGACGAAUUCUUUUUCUUCAGUAUCAGUUUCACGCAAUUAUUUUCCGGCUCCACAGCGCCAAGAUGCCCCUACAUUAGAUCGAGCCAUAAUACAGUUUAGAGGAGCACAUGACCCGACUGUCCCAAAUUCUGUUAAUAAUUGUUGGGACCGUAUUGACUCUAUUGGAGCUUCUAAUGAAAACUCUGAAUCACAGUCAUUUUUGACGUUAAAAAAUUCCAAUAUAGAAAUUUUGAAUGAAAAUAAGCUGGACAGAGCUGUCAAUGUAUUUAGAGGCAAUCAAGACCCAAUUUCUGAUAAUAUUAUUAAUCAAAAUGCACAGGCUAUGGACACUAUAAGGACUGAAAGCAACGUAUCAGAGUCUCAGACAUUUUUAACGAGUAGAAGUGUAAGCAGAGAAUUUUCAGAUGAAAAUAAACUGGGGAGGGCUUCUAUUAUUUUUAGAGGAGAAUUUAACCCAAUUUCUGACCAAAUAGCAAUUGAAAAUGCAGAAAAAAAGGUUAAGUUAAAAGUAAAGGCCAUAAGCUGAUAGACUACUUGCCUGCAUAUCCUGCGUAAACUCACUCAACUAAGGAUUAGCUCUCUAGGUUAGAGCCAGCUCUUUUAGGUGCUCCUCUAAUCCCUAUAAACAAAGACUAAAUGGGAGGCAAAACCGAUCGAGCCCAUCUGGGAGAAACAAAACUUCCCUCUUUGGCUUGCCGAAGACCUGCUUCAAAAAGUGAUAGAGACACUAUUUUCAGCUUCAUCAGGGCGGGUCCUACCUGUUUCAUAAGGAGUGUGUCUUAUAAUCCAUCUUCCGUCGACGACACCGCUUUAUUUCUCUGAAAAUGCAGAAGGAAUCGAUACAAUCCGAAGCUGCAGCAGCAUAUCAGAAUCGCAAACAUUUUUGACGCCAAAAAGCUCUGAUAUAGACUUUUUUAGAGAAAAUAAGUUAGAGAGAGGAAUAAUUGCCUUUCGUGGUGACAUUGAACCAGUUUCCAACCAAGUUAUAAUGCAAAAUCCUGUCAGAAUGGAAACCUUAAAAAGCAAUAAUUUUUCAGAAUGUCAGUCAUUUUGUAUGUCAGAUAUAUCUAGUGGAGAAAAGGCUAAUAAAACUUUUGACAGAGCUGUCGUGGUAUACAGAGGAAAUACCAAGCCAAUUUCUGAUCAGUUUAUAUACCAAAAUAUAUAUUUUCAUAUAUAAAUUAUUCAAAAAAUAAUUAUAAAAUAAAUAUAGUCAAUAAUUAUAAAAAAUGGUAUAAAUAGAAUAAAUACGAUAAAAAGCAAUACAGAUUUUUCCCUUUCACAGUCCUUCAGUGACACAAAUUCUCAAAAUAUUAUUAAGUCAAGCCAAAUUUCUGAAGAAAAUCGGCGCAACCAUGGAGGGUCUGCAGACGGGUCAAUCCAAAGCGAUUUUCUCACACAAAUGAAAAGGCGAGAAGAAGAGCUGAAAAUAGGCGAAGACAUUACAGAUAUCGCCACAAAGCGUGUCAUUAUUUUGGUUUUCAGCGUUUUAAUUAUUAUCCCUUUCUUUUCUACAGCAUUUAUUCAAGCUGAAAAUACGUCUUAUCAAUAUGGGUUAUCAGUGAUCAAUGUGCUGCUUAAAGAUAAUGAAACUGAAGCAGAAUUUGCCUUUGAACAGUACGUGGAUGACCAUAAAAAUAAAUGAAAUCCGUUGAUUUACUUGAUGGUGAACCAUACCAAUAUGAUAUAUAUUUUACAUAUUAAAUACAUUUUUUAUUUUCUAUGUAAUAGUUAGAUUAAAUUAAAAUAUAUUUUUUUAUAAAAAAAUAUUGAUAAAAAAUAUCAAAAAAGGAAUAUAUAGAUGUGAUAUAGAUCCUAAUGAAUUAAGACCUUUAGAACAAUUAACAGCAGUUUUGCCUGAUGUGGAUAAUGAUUAUUAUUAUUUUAGCUAUGCCGUGUUUGAUAUGAGACCAUCAACAAGGCUUGAUGCAGGGCUUAAUAUGAUUGAGACUGCUUUUAUUUGUGUGCUUUUGUUGGCAGCUUCUACUUUGAUUGCAAAAGAUACAAAAAUGAUGCUUCAUGGACCUUUUGGGAAAAUGAUAGAAGACUUAAAAGCUGUCUUAAGAAAUCCUCUAAAAGCUGGACUUAAAGCUCAAAAAGAAGAGCUUAAACAGCCUCGGCAAAUCCUUAGAAACGACAGCUGAAGAUCUAUUUUAGGAAAAGAAACCACUAUAUAUGAAACUAAGUAUCUCCAAUCUACUAUAAAUAAAAUUGCUAUUUUAUUAGCAUCAGGAUUUGGAGAAAGCGGCAUGAAAAUAAUUGAACAAAAUUUAUCAAAUGUAGACGGAAAUAUUGAGACUCUAGUUCCAGGUAAAAAAACGUACUGUAUUUUCGGGAUAUGCAAAAUCAGAAAUUUCAACGAGACAACUGAAAUUUUGAGGGAAGAUGUCUUAGGAUUUGUUAAUCAAAUAGCUCAUAUAGUUCAAAGUGUGACGGAAUAUUUUUCAGGGCACAUAAACAAAAAUAUGGGAAAUUCCUUUUUGAUGGUAUGGAAGCCAUAUGAAUCAAAUUCAAUAGAAGAAAAUGAAAUUUUAUCUGAUGAAAAAUUUUCAUCAGUAAGUGAAAUAGCCGAUAUGUCUUUUAUUUGCUGUCUAAAAAUUAUUGCAGGGAUCUAUAAACAUCCUUACAUUUUGAAAUAUAGAGACCACAUUGAGCUUACGCAGCAUAUGCCAGGCUAUUCUGUACAAUUAGGCUUUGGGCUACAUUAUGGAUGGGCUAUUGAAGGAGUUAUUGGGAGCGAAUAUAAAAUUGAUGCUUCUUAUUUAUCUCCAGCAUUAGAAGUUUCGAAAAAACUGGAGUCAUUGACCAAACAUUAUGGAGUUCCUCUGAUAAUCAGCAACUCUUUGUAUGAAAAUUGCUCUGAGCAAGCCAAAUCAAAAAUGAGGAAAAUAGAUGAAAUUCAAUUGUCGCUGGAAGGAAAUGUGAUUCCUUUAGAAUUAUAGAGGAUUAUCUUGAAUGCUCUUUUAAUUUUUAUAAUUAAGAAAAUUUAGAUAAUUAAUUUAAUUAGAUAUAUAUACUUGUGAUAUAGCGCCAGAGUUAUUAAAACCAUAUGAAAAAAUUAAUUCAGAAAAUAUGAAAAUUUUCUUGAAAACAAUAAAUUUUUCUGUAUAUAAUAUUUUUAUGAAAAAAAACUAGACCCAAAAUAUGAAUAAAUUAAGCAAAAGAAUCAAAGAAAGAAAAGAAAAUUUAAAGAAAAAAAUAGCCGCAGGAGAAUACAAAGUAGCCCAGCUGCUUGAGCAUGAUAGAGAUUUAUUUAUAAUGACCAAUUCUGUGAGUGAUAAAUUUAUUAGAACUUAUGAAAAGGCAUUAAACUAUUAUAAGGAAGGAAAUUGGGCUAAGGCAAGAGAAGGCUUUAUCAAAGCUCAGAAUCUUAAAAAAGUAGACGACGGGCCAUGCAGAGCUCUUUUAGAUUACAUGAAAGAUAUAGGUGCAAGCCCACCUGAAAGCUGGAAGGGGUAUAGAGAAAUUAAUGAAAGCAACUUGUGAUAUAAAUCUAUUAAAAAUAAAAGAUAA